AUGGCCGGCAAGUCCAAAAACCACAUUUAUGCUGGCUUCACAAGCGGCCUGGUGUCAGCGGUCGUUCUUCAACCGUUUGAUCUGCUCAAAACCCGGGUCCAGCAAUCCAAUGGCAAGUCCAUGGUCCAAGUGAUCAAGUCGCUCAACACACCCUUGGAUCUAUGGCGAGGCACCCUUCCGUCGGCAUUGCGAAUGUCGGUGGGCUCGGCCAUGUACUUCACCUGUCUCAACACGGUGCGUGAGGCGGUUGCUGGAGGAAGACGCCUGACCGUAGGCGACAGAAGCACAUCAAGCUUGCCCAAGCUGACCAACACAGAGAACCUCAUCAGUGGAGGACUGGUACGGGGCACAGUGGGACUGCUGGUGAUGCCCAUCACUGUCAUCAAGGUCCGAUACGAGUCGUCCACCUACCAUUACAAAAGCAUAGUUGAUGCUGCCACCUCAAUUUACAAGCAUAAUGGAAUGCGAGGCUUCUUUUACGGCUGGGCUGCGACCUUCGCGCGAGACGCCCCCUACGCUGGUCUAUACAUGCUCUUUUACGAACAGCUCAAGGUGGCGCUCCCCAGCAUUCUCUUUUCCGACAUCACAACCUCUAGCCAUUCGGAAAAGUACUACAGCUCAUGGUCUUCUGCCAUGAUCAACUCCGUGGCAGCAGCAACGUCUGCAGGCAUUGCCACCACCUGUACUAAUCCCUUCGACACUGUGAAAACUCGAAUGCAAUUGGCCCCCAAAGAGUACCCCAACUUCCUCACCUCCGUUAAGACCAUUAUACAGCAUGAAGGUAUUCAGGCGCUGUUUAGAGGCCUGGCGCUGCGAAUUUGCAGAAAAGCGUGCCAGGCCGGUAUUUCCUGGUGCAUUUACGAAGAUCUUGUCAAGCGGUUCGAGAGAAUGAAUCUUCCAGGACCUCAACUUUAG